CCUUGAUGACUCCUAAUUUGACGGCCUUCCACACGGCAGUGGAGCCAUGCAGUCAACAACACAUGCAAGACCACAUGGAAGAGUACAAGAUGAAAUCGAUGUGCUUCUGGAGCAGGCCUAGAAAAAAUAAACAUGUUGGUAGAUUUUGGUCACUGGAGCCUUCAGCCAUCAGUGUCAUGUGACAAGCCCUCGUCUGAUGGAUACGAGGUUGACAAUCUGACAUCACGAGACUCUUCCCUCCAGCGAAGAGGUUUCCUGGCAGAGAACUUCAUCAAACCCCCUGUCAACAUCACAUACAAAUUUCCUUGCAAGAUUUCAAUUCAUCAGAUAUUUUUAAACCCAGUUGUUGGAGCUCAGAAAUCAACAUCAAUUGAAAUUUACACAUCAUCAAAUAAAAUCACUAACUCGUGGCUCGGUGAGAUUGAUUCGGGUAGAAAUGGUAGAAGGGAGAGAAUUUUUGACAGUCCUUUUUUCGUAAAUAUUGGCAAAAUCAGUUUAGACAACCCAGGACGAUUGUGUUUCACAUAUCCAAGAUUUGUUGCAAGUCCGCCCUACUUUGUGGAGAGAAUGUGUAUCAGUGGGUGUCACAUGUCCGAGUUGAGAAAUCAGCGAAAUCAGAACCUGACAGCUGUCAGUCAACUGACGAUCAGAAUAUCUCGCACCAGUGGUUCAUGUAUCCCUGCUGUAAAAUCUGUUCAAAUCCUUGGCCAACCUGCUGUCUCAAAUGGGAGAGAAAUACUUGAAAAAGUCUACAAAAUAUACUCAGAGAGCAUUAACCCCCUGCCAAAAAUUCCUGACAAAAUAGAUUCGUCUGAGGCAAAAUCUGAUACAAGCUUAGAAACCGAUUCUGGUUUUGAAAUACCGGAAGAAUUCUUGGACCCAAUAAUGUGUGAGAUAAUGGCAUUACCAAUGCUGUUGCCAUGCGGAAAGAGUCUGGACCAAUCAACUCUUGAGAAAUAUAUUGAUACUGAAGCAUCAUGGGGUCGACGACCUAAUGAUCCAUUCACAGGAGUUGCAUUUUCUGCUGAAUCCAAUCCUAUACCAAAUAAUUCUCUGAAAUCAAGAAUUGAUGCCUUUGUGUUGCAGAAUUCCGACAAUGAGAAAUUGAGAUCGGUGCCAAGAACACUUGGGAGAAAAGAUGGAGUGAUUGUAAAUAAGCCAAGCCAGACAUCGUUAUUUCCAUCAAUGUCAGAUUCAGAGCAUUGCAGUUCUAAUUCAAACUUAAAACGGAAUAUGGAAUUUCCAGAACAUGAAUGUGAAACACAUGCCAAAAAAUUAAAAACUGAUUCCACUCUUUUGAGAUCAACUGCAGUAUCAGUGAAAGGAAUGUCAGAAAACUGUCAAAACGGUUCACAGCCCAUGCAGUCACAAUCAAGGGGAGGUAACUCCCAUUCUCUUCAUCCAAAUCCAACCUCUCAUGAAUCACAACUAAAUACCAGUUUGAGCCAAGCCAUGUCACUUCUCAAUGGUUUGCCAUCAUUCACAAAAAGACAGAGUAUUGCAACUAAAACUACAGAGUUAAGAGAUACAUGUGUCAGCUGCCAUUGUGGUUUAGAAAAAUCUAAAUCUGUAUAUAAACUACUGUGUUCUCACAUGAUAUGUCGGCCAUGUUUAGUGAAACCAGGCUCUUCCAAACAAAUGAUACGCUGUGGAAAAUGUGAUAGUGUCAGUGCAGUGUCUCAAGUCACAAGGGUUCAUGUCUGAUAAAUGUGAUUCAUGAUUGUUAUAUACUUGAAUUUAGGAUUUUGGACUUAAAUUGUUCAGAUCACAGAGUAAUUUGGUAUGGCUUUUGUCAUAUGUAUUGUGAUGAACGAUGUGAGCCUGUGGAUUGAAGAUGGUCUUUACACAGCAAAUGGAGGUGUUUGGACGGGUUAUUGGUUAUAGCAUUUGCUUGUCAUGCCAGUGGGCAUGGUUGUCUAAGGCGCCGCGAUUCGCUGUGCAGAGUUGCAUCCCUUGGGCAUGCCAGAAACCUAUGAUUGUGGGUUCGAA